AUGACUACCAAGGAGGACGCGACGUCGCCCGCCGCGGCGUCCCUUCUGGGGCCCGUCUCGACGGCCAGCUCCUCGCCGGGAUACGUGACCAGCGUGGCCAAGGUCGCCGGCCGCGCCAGCAUCCCCGGCGAGGCAGAGUCGAAUCCGCACCACGUCGUCGGCAGCGGCGGCAAGGUGUCGCACUUUAAGAACCCCUAUCCGUCGUGGUCUAAUCCCGUGGGCUUUGUCUCCAUGGUUCGCAAUGUCCUGUGGCCGCUCAUCACCGGCGAUCUCAAGCAGCCCGACACGUCUCCCCCCACCGUCCCCGUCGUCACCCCCCAGUGGCUCCCCGAACGCUUCCCCGCCGAGUCCCAAUCCUCCUCUCCCUCCUCUCCCGGCAAGCUGCGCGCGACCUGGCUCGGCCACGCGUGCUACUACGUCGAGUUCCCGUCCGGCCUGCGCGUGCUCUUCGACCCCGUCUUCGAGGACCGCUGCUCGCCCUUCACCUUCCUCGGCCCGAAGCGGUACACGCCGCGGCCCUGCGCCAUCGCCGACAUACCCACCAUCGACGCCGUCGUCAUCAGCCACAGCCACUACGACCACCUGUCGCACACGUCGGUGCUCGAGAUCCAAAAGAGCCACCCGGACGUGCAGUUCUUCGUCGGGCUCGGGCUCGAGAAGUGGUUCCGCAAGAGCGGCCUCAAGAACGUCACGGAGCUCGACUGGUGGGAGGACGCCGAGCUGACCGUCCAGGUGGCGGAUAAGAGCGGCAAGGGCACCGGCGGCGGCGGCGGCAGUGACGCGGACCAGGCCAAGGGCAGCACGAGGAGCAUCUCGGCGCGCGUGUCCUGCCUCCCCUGCCAGCACACGUCGGCGCGCUCCCUGCUCGACAAGGACACGACGCUCUGGUGCUCGUGGGGCGUCAAGUCGGGCGGCCGGUCCGUGUGGUUCGGCGGCGACACGGGCUACCGCGCGGUGCCGCGUCUGCCGCGCGGCGUCGACGACUACGGGCCCGAGUACGAGGCGCUGCCGCGGUGCCCGCAGUUCAAGCAGAUCGGCGAGCUGCGCGGGCCGUUCGACCUGGGGCUCAUCCCCAUCGGCGCCUACUACCCGCGCGCCGCCUUCUCCGCCAUGCACGCCAACCCCUUCGACUCGGUCGAGAUCUUCCGCGACACGCGCUGCCAGCGCGCCAUGGGCAUCCACUGGGGCACCUGGGCCCUCACCAUGGAGGAGGUCCUGGAGCCGCCGCGGGUCCUGCGCGAGGCGCUCAAGCGCAGGGGCCUGCCGGAGACGGGCGUCUUUGACGUGUGCGACAUUGGCGAGAGCAGGGAGUUUUGA